AUGAAUGAAUCUAGAGCCUCUGUUGAUGACAUCAAUGAUCUCAACAUUCAAUUAGCGAAAAAGGAAAGAAAAGAUGACGUCAUAGACCAGGAUGUUGGAUCGGUAGCACGUCGUGUAAACGUACCCGAUCCAACAGAAAAAAGACAAAUUAAUUACAUUUGUGGGGAAACGAUAAAUUACGACAAUACAUAUCCGUUGAAAUUGUUGGUCCGGGUAUGA